AUGGUUGGCGGGGAAAUUGGUUAUUGGGCGAACAAUGUCUGCGUGAUUACUGAUAGAGCCGGGUCUGCGCUCAUCGUUAAAAUAGACAUCAACAUACGUAGCAUGGGCCCGAUCUCCGAACUGGACAUGGCUUACUCCAUGGACUGCUACUUCCGGCAGCGGUGGCAGGACAAGCGCCUCGCCUUCGAGCACCUUCCAGGAGCCGAGAACCUGGCAGACCUUCCGGUGGCGAUACGCAUGCUCGAUCGUAUCUGGAAGCCAGACACGUACUUCUACAACGGCAAGAAGUCGUACAUACAUACUGUCACGACGCCGAAUAAGUUCUUCCGCAUCUCGCCGCGCACGGAUCGCUCCUGUAUUCAAUGAGUGGUAAGAGUGAGGUG